AUUCGCCCCUCCCUUUCUGGCCGACUCCUAUAAAACAGCCGGCAGCGACGGUCUGCUCGCCCGCCUACUUGCAAAUCUCAACGACCUCCGCCAUGUCCUUCGUUGCUCCUCCUGGUUACCAGCCCGUCUACGGGCCUGCCAUUCCGUAUUUGGGGCCCAUCUACGGAGGUCUGAGGGAGGGAUCGUCCAUCUACAUACAGGGGUCUGUUCCGGACAAAAUCACAAGGUUCUUUAUGAACCUGCUGUGCGGACCGUCCGAGUCCAGCGACAUCGCCCUCCACUUCAACCCGCGUUUCGAUGGCUGGGACAAGGUGGUCUUCAACACCCGCCAGAACGCCACCUGGGAUGCAGAGGAGAAGAUCCGGGACAUGCCCUUCAGUAAGGGCAAGGCCUUCGAGAUGAUCAUCGUGUGCUCUGUGCAGAGCUACCAGUUCAAAAUCAACGGGAAAGAUUUCUACACCUUCAAUUACCGCCUGCCUUUGGCGAGAGUGUGCGGCUUGCAGAUUGGGGGAGACGUUUCCAUACAGACAAUUAACGUCAUUGGGGCUGGCGGCAUGGGUGGGGGAAUGGGGCAGCAACCGGGAGGCUAUCCAGGAGGUGCCAUGGGAGCAAGACCAGGAUGCGGUGCAGGCCAUCAGGGUGGCUAUCCUGGAGGCAUGGGAGGCAAUACGGGGGGUGCAUUCCCAGGGUCACACCUUCCGAGUAUGAGCGGCCAACCGAUCUACAACCCUCCCAUCCCGUACUCGGGCGUGAUCCCAGGAGGAAUGUUCCCCAAGAGAACUGUCAUCAUCCGGGGCAUGGUGCCUAACCGGGCAAAGAGGUUCAGCAUCAACUUGCUGGAGAGCAGAUCUGGGGACAUUGCCUUCCACAUGAACCCACGUGUGAAGGACGACGUGGUGGUGCGCAACAGCAUGAUAGGUGGCCACUGGGGCCAAGAGGAACGCCAGCUUGGCGCCAACCCCUUCAAGGAGGGCCAGUACUUUGACAUUUCCAUCCGUUGCGGCAGCGACUGCUUCAAGGUGUUCCUCAACGGGCAGCCCCUGUUCGAUUACACUCACCGCACGCGUGCCGUCAAUGAGAUCGACAAGCUGGAGGUGGCCGGGGACGUGCAGAUUUCCUACCUUCACUUCUGAAAGCAUUCCUGGUUCGCACCCAGCACCACAUUUAUACACUAUCUCCAUUGCAACCAACAUCAGACCAAAAGAUUUAUUUUCUUUGUAAAAAAUACUGGAGAUAAAAAGCAUCCAAGCAUGACAAAUAAAGGCUUUUGUUUUCA